GAAGGCGUCCGAGUUGAACCGAGCGGCGCCUGGCGGUGGCGGGAAGAGGCGCCGAGCUUGAUAUAGCCGGCGAGGCGGCGGAUGCUGUCAGACCGCCUGGCGGCUGGACGCUUGGCUACAGCUGGCGCGGACCGAGUGGCUGCUGGAGCUGGCAGUGUGUGCUGCACGUCAUGGAAGUCUUACCGUGUCCCGUUUACGUGGAUUUCUCCAGUCUUGGAGGUUGUGGGCAGGCGGUGGGGCCUGAUGGGGCGGAGAGCGCGGCGGCGAGGGACGCGUUGUCGCGGCGCCUGGAGGCGGAGCUGCGGGCGGCGCGCGGGGGCGGCGCUGCGGGCGGCAUCGCGCUGCCCCCGGCGCUGCUGCUCACCGCCGCCGAACACGUCCUGCAGAUGGCCACCACAGAGCCCUACGGUCUUAGGGGCUGCACGCUGUACGUGGACCUGGAGACGGGUAAGCAGCCGGCAGAGAGGAUACGACUCGCGACCGUGAAAUGCGCGCCGGACACGCUCACCACCUUCGAACUCUUCCUUACUCUGCGCCAGGAAACCUCCUGGAAGGCUGCCUUACCGCAGUUCCUCAAGAACCUGACGAGCAGCGGCGCCCUCCUGCUGAGCAACGACUUCACGCUGAAGAAGAAGCGCCUCUUCCGGACGUACGCCGAGUGAGUCACCGUGCCCUACCAGGACCUCCUCAGGGGGCAGCGGCCGGCAAGAACCGUGUCGGGGACGCGGCCAUCGCAAGUUCCUUGGCUGGGUGCGCAGCCUCUCAAGCCCGCAGAGAUUUUCAUUCGUACCUGAUACACUGCAUCGGCGCACCUUUUCGAUAUGUGUAUUUUCCUGUGACAGUAUAGGUUGCUGUCUUUGUUGUCGCAAAGUGUAAAUGAGAAUACCGUGAAGGUAACAUUACUACCUUCGCGGUAUAAUAAAUCUGAAAAUUUCUUUCGAUAAACUUAUUAACAUAAGAAUAUAUUUAUGAAAUAAAUUGUAUCCUAAGGGCCAAAAGUCACGGAUAUGAUGUCAGUCGUCGAUUGCUGCAGCUCAUCCUCUGCACCAGUCUCUCCGUACAGUCCUGGUAAGAAUGGGUUGCUGACUCCCCACAUUCAAAUAGGCGACCAUGUGACGCACAGUAGAUCGACAAUGGAGUCUGUUCGUCAAACGCUUGCUGUCGCCCGGUGCAGAAUUUUACGCUUGUAGGAACAUUUUCUCUUCCAUGUUGAAGUUCUAUCCUAGACAUUGUAAGCCUCGGAAAGCCGAACUCUUGAUUACUAUCAGACAUAGUAUGAAGCAUGCGUCUUGCACCGAGUGUCGUACCACGUUCGAAGUCGGUAAACUCGCGACGUGCUGUCAUAUUCACCACUAACCUGCGUGUAACAGACUUCUUAGUUAUCGUGUCUACACUCAGGUCAUAAGCUGCAUCUAGCUGCUGCAUUUGGACGUGACUUUUGGCCACUCAGUUUAGUGCGUAACUAGCUUAUACUCAGUUAAACCAAAAUUUUAAAUAUUGUAAUCUCCCCUCUGUUGAAGCAUUAUUAUUUACUCGUAUUUUGCUUUUGUUCUCAUGUCAUAAUGUGUGAGACGUAUCAAGAGAAGCAUCCAUGUUUUGAAAGAGAGUGUGUGUAUGGAGUCUGAGUACCGGUAUGUGUUUGUACGUUUCAUGUGUUGUAAGGAUAAAGACUGAUGUAAUACGAAAUAUUUAUAUUCAUUUUCCACUGUACGGUCGAUUUUAAGGACAGUUCACCUUUUAUUUUGUUUUACGUACUGUAGAUGAAGAUUUGCUUACUAAUUGUUUGAUGUUAUUUAGUGCCAAAGAGUAAUGCAAU